CAUCCCUAAGCUUUUCUGCUUGCUGUUUCACACCGAAUUCCCUCACCGUAGCAGUGAACAGACGCAAGCAAGUGUUUCGUUAUCAUCCUCCCAGUUUGUCUCCUCCAAAGCUAUGGCUGCAUUCCCUUCCCUCGACACCCUGUCUACUCUGCGAAAUGCGCCCUCUCUGCCUGAUACUAACCGUCUAUUUUUACUACGUACAUCCCGACUUUCCCUUUCCACUCCGCCAACCUCUGUCGUUUGAGCUCUCUCCACAAGUUGCGCACCACCCUCGGCCUUGGAUCUCUUCAUUCCUAAUCGCGAUUCAGCAAAGUGCAUACCAGCCUGCAGGAGUCAUUGCUCCUACACUUGCUUGCCUUGCUGUCGACGAGGUUGGCCGCAAUACAGAGAUCAUCAUGCUCUCGAUGCAUCAAGGUCCGCCAUAUGCCAUCAGUCAGUGCAAUAAUGCUUCUACAUGUACACGCACUACGGAGACCUGUUACUCCAUCACCCAUGCUUUUGGGAUUGCAAUUGAUAGUGAAGGCCACCUUCGUGACGUAGAUGCGGGGGACCAAUGGGUCCUAUGGAAUUGGUUUCGCUACAAAGCGUGCUUACACCCUAUUACCUCGCACCAACAAUACGAUCCUCGCAUCUAGGUAGUUGAAUCUCGUGUCAUUAUGUUUUCCGUACGCUCGUUUCAUAAAUUCCAUGGCUUUGCAGAUUUAUGUGUAUAUAAAAUUGUGUUCUUCGUUACUCUCAAAUGAUAUAACUGUCCGAUGUUCCACGUUCUAACACUACAAGUGAAUCGGAUAUUGUUCGUGUGCACCGUAUCAUUCAAUGUUGAAUCUUUACCACCAUUUGGCCUUACUAUUUUCAUUUCCCAAAUAUCCAUCCUCAUUUGUUCACUUCUCACCCAACAAUCAUGUCGGUCAAACGAGGAAUAACACUAUAUUCUGCUCCUACACCAGCGCGAGCUG